CUAAUCCCAGACCGAGUCGCUUUUGGCGACCUUUUUAACACCAAUUAAUAACAUCAUUAAACAUCGAAUAUCGUGGUCGUCGUCGUUAUUCAUCUUCCUCGUUUUUUCUUAAACCAAUGGAAGAACCUAAAACCUUGUGUGAUAACAUCCCAGCUCUUUUUUCGUCAUUCGUAGACACCUUCGUUGAUUUCUCUGUAAGUGGUCUUUUCUUACCACCAAAGCCCACCAUAUCUCCGCCGCAGAAAACUAUAUACACAUCCCCAAAUAGACUUAUAGCCAUUGGUGAUCUUCAUGGUGAUUUGGACAAAUCGAAGCAGGCUUUUCGGCUUGCGGGGCUGAUUGAUUUGAAUGAUCGUUGGUGUGGUGGGGAUGCUACUGUUGUUCAGGUGGGUGAUGUUCUUGAUAGGGGUGGUGAUGAGAUUAAGAUCUUGUAUUUUCUUGAGAAGUUGAAGAGAGAGGCUGGGAGGAGUGGGGGGAAUUUGAUUACUAUGAAUGGGAAUCAUGAGAUUAUGAAUGUGGAUGGGGAUUUUAGGUAUGUUACUAAGAUGGGGUUGAAUGAAUUUAGGGUUUGGGCUGAUUGGUAUUGUGUGGGGAAUGUGAUGAAAAGUUUGUGUAAUGGGGUUUUGGAGGGUGGUGUGAGGGAUUUGUAUGAUGGGGUGCCUUUGGAUUUUCCGGGUGUUAAGGCGGAGAUUGUUGAUGGUGUUAGAGCUAGGGUUGCUGCAUUGAGGCCUAAUGGGCCGAUUGCGAAAAGAUUUUUGACGACUAAUGUGACUGUGCUUGUCAUAGGUGAUUCUGUGUUUGUUCAUGGGGGGUUAUUGCCUCAUCAUGUGAGUUAUGGUCUUGAAAGGAUUAAUGAGGAGGUGAGGGAUUGGAUUGGUGGGUUCAAGGAAAGGGUUUCGUCGGAGUUGGUUAGGGGUAGGAAUUCACUUGUUUGGUUGAGGAGGUUUUCUGAUGAGUUGGCCAAGAAUUGUGAUUGUUCUACUCUUGAGCAUGUCCUUGCAACAAUCCCGGGAGCUAAGAGGAUGAUUAUGGGACAUACUAUUCAGGAGAAGGGGAUUAAUGGGGUUUGUAAUAAUAAGGCAAUACGAAUUGAUGUUGGGAUGUCAAGAGGGUGUACAAAUGGGUUACCGGAGGUUUUAGAGAUCAAUGGGAAGUCUGAAGUUCGGAUCUUGACAUCUAACGCCUUGUAUCGCAAUGGGUAUAAAUCUUCAAUUGAGACAGAUGUUAUGAAAGGUAUUGGUUUUGGAAUUCCUCAGCAUGGACCUAAACAAGUAGAGGUGAAGGCAUAAUUAUUGUUAAAAACACAAUGACACCCUUUUGUGGAUUUUUAUUUAAUCAAAUCCACACUAGACAGACAAUAGGAUUGGAUUUGUUAGAACAUCAUUGUGAAUUUAUUAUUUCUCUCAUACUAUGUAGUGUUGACAAAUGUGUGAACUACUGUGUACUUGUCACAAUUUCAUCCAAUAGUGCUUCAUGAUUAAAGUUAGGACACUAUUGUGUUAUUAUGAAUCUGAUUUUCUGUUUUGUGUUCUUUUA